UGAACGAGUCGAACUCGACGUCGAAUGGCGACAUGACGGACGGUGGCCAACAGAAGCUUCAACUUCUGAUUGCUCCGAAACGAAACGUGCUCCAGAUUAGGAUGAGCCGAUCUUGAGGAGCGACUUCCCCGGGAGUCGAUCGAGAAGUCUAAGGCAACUUCUCCAAGUCUCUCGCUCGUUGAUCACGGUGGAACGAGAACAACGAGGUGUGACUUUGCGUUAAUUAUGUGAGUGCGGUGUCGAGACGCUUCUCCAAGCGAUAAAGUGUACGGGGACAUCUUUUGUCGUGUCAUGUUCCAUCACGAGUACGAGAAACGGCUGGUGAAGCCGGCAAUGGUCGGCGAUGGCUCAUCGACGACGACGGGAACGAUACUGUUACCUAGUGCUACCUAUUCGCCCAUGUACUUUUCACCCACGAAAACGUCGGCCUGCAACAACAGCUACGACCGUUUCAUACCCACUCGCUCGGGUAAUAAUUGGCAGACUACGUUUUCUAUGAUCAGCGAGAACGGCCGAGGUGGUCUGGUGGCAAAGAAGACACGGGAGAACGGUGAAGGUAAUCGCGAUGGAAUCGCGUACUCCUGCCUACUCAAGAACGAACUACUAGGAGCGAGUAUAGAAGACGUCAAAGGCCAGUGCGAAGAGCGUAGAGUGCUGUCGCCGUUGGUGACCAAGAAUCUCUUCAAGUAUACCACACCCACCAAGGAUCGGACACUACUGGAUCAGAGCUCGCCUUACUCUCUGUCGCCUCUCAGUGCCAAAAGUCAGAAACUACUGAGGUCACCCAGGAAAGCGACCAGGAAGAUUUCAAGAAUACCUUUCAAGGUGCUGGAUGCUCCAGAGUUACAAGACGACUUCUAUCUGAAUCUGGUCGAUUGGUCCUCUCAAAAUGUUCUCAGCGUAGGCUUAGGAAGCUGUGUAUAUCUAUGGUCAGCGUGCACCAGUCAGGUGACGAGACUGUGUGACUUGUCCAGCGAUGGCAACAGUGUCACUUCCGUCGCCUGGAACGAGCGAGGCAAUUUGGUCGCAGUAGGCACACAUAUGGGCUACAUACAAGUGUGGGAUGUAGCGGUGAAUAAGCAGGUGAGCAAAUUACAAGGUCAUAGCGCUCGAGUUGGAGCUCUGGCGUGGAAUGGAGAGGUUCUAUCAUCCGGCAGCAGGGAUCGACUGAUACUGCAGAGGGAUGUCAGGACUCCAUGCGUUGUUGGCGAACGACGACUCGGUGCUCAUCGACAGGAGGUGUGUGGUCUCAAAUGGUCACCUGACAAUCAAUAUCUGGCGUCUGGUGGCAACGACAAUCGGCUCUAUGUGUGGAAUCUACACUCCCUGUCACCUAUUCAGACGUACACUGAACAUUUGGCGGCAGUCAAAGCGAUCGCCUGGUCGCCUCAUCAUCAUGGUCUAUUGGCAUCCGGUGGCGGCACCGCAGAUCGCUGCAUCCGCUUCUGGAACACGUUAACCGGCCAGCCGAUGCAGUGCGUCGACACUGGCUCGCAGGUCUGCAACUUGGCAUGGAGCAAGCACAGCUCCGAACUGGUCAGCACGCAUGGUUACUCGCAGAAUCAGAUCCUCGUGUGGAAGUAUCCGAGUCUCACGCAAGUGGCUAAACUCACUGGCCACUCGUACCGGGUGUUAUAUCUGGCGAUGUCACCAGACGGUGAGGCGAUCGUCACCGGUGCGGGCGAUGAGACUUUACGAUUCUGGAACGUCUUUAGCAAAGCACGUAGCCAGAAAGAGAACAAGUCCGUUCUAAAUCUAUUCACGAGUAUCCGAUAAAUUAUGGUUUGACGAUAUAUAAUAUAUUAUAUGACGAUAUACAAUAUAUGACGAUAUUAUAUAUAAUAUAAUUAUCGUCAAACGAUAAUUAUCGUAACAAAGUAUCGCGGAUCGGCGUCGUCUUUUAUUAUGUAUUUUGUACAUAUAUAGACACACAUUAAUAAAUA